CCCUCGAUCAAGCAACUAAUUCAACAUAGUCGACGGCAUCACCAUAUCCUUGUCUACCUCGACCCCUCCGUUGGUAUCGUAUCGAAAAUAUAUUCCUUCUGGUAUGGCGGGUAUGGAAGGAAGGUUCACAGAUCUUCGAUCAACACGAGAAGUCCUUGAUCUGCUGAAUAAUGGAGACGAAUCGGUGCUUUGGGAGGAACUUGGUCGCGAUAUCAGCCAACUGGUGCUCGCUGGGCCGGUGGUGAAGAGNAUCUGCUGAAUGAUGGAGGCGAAUCGGUGCUUUGGGAGGUACUUGGUCGCGAUAUCAGCCAACUGGUGCUCGCUGGGCCGGUGGUGAAGAGUGAUUUGUCCCCGCAGUACUAGCUCCCGGAUGAAAAAGUACCUCAGGGCCACGUGCUUCGUGCGUUGAGAGUGCGUAGCAUUCUCGGCCACUGUCAGCGCUCCGGUGCUGUCGCUGUUGAUGGGAACCGAUCCGAAAGUCUUGAAGUUGAGUUCCGUCAUAAAAUUUGAGAUGUAGACGGCCUCUCUGGCUGAGUAGCUAACUAGUGUUUGAAUUUCGGCUUCGACCGUGCUUUGCGCGGUUAGAAGUUUGAGUCUUCGCACCGUAGCUGAUGAGUCCUCCAGCCAGGACGAAGAGAUAUCCCGUGGUAGAUUUUCCGUUGUCGGGGUUUGCUCCGAAGGAUGAAUCCGUAAACGCCGCAAGCCGAAACUGUCCUCUCUUGUAGACGAUAGGAAGAACCGGAUUACCCCGAAGGUAUCGCACAUCGUGCUUGGCUGCUGUCAUGUUCACCUGCGCUGGGUUGCUGCAGGCCUUGGAAAGUUGUAGGGCAGCGUAGGAGAGGUCGAAUCGCGUGCACUGGGCCAGGUAGAGGAUGCUUCCUGUCAUCGACUGGUAGAUUUUCUUGUCCGUGGGUCCUAGGAUUUGGUCCUGAGGUUGAUUCGUGGAGAUUUCCGCUCCGUAUCCAGGAGUGCUCACUGGGUUGGCCUCUUGCAUUCCGAACCGCUCCAGAAGUGUGUUCACGUAGUGCUCCUGUGAAAUGGCCAGGGUUCCUU